UAAUCUUACCAGUCCCUGCUCUGAGUUUAAACUCACAGGAAAUUACGUCACUAGAAAACAACACACUGCAGGAAAAUCGGCAAGUAGUCACUACCACUACACAUGAUACCAGCAUCCAAAUUCUGAGGAGCGAUUAACGUUACCUCUGCAAUUGACCAAAGUUAACAACAAAAGCCAACGAUAGAAUGCAAAUAUGGAAACUGCAGCUAAAGGUAAAGCAAAGCGAAGACAUCUAAGUGCAUCUGAGUGCGUGGGUUUGGGUCAAAGCACAGAGGGGACUCAUCCCCUCACUGAACCCCAGAUGGUCCCACGAAGCAGCAAAGACCCCAACCGUGGACUGUACCCUAGGACUCCCACCAAGAGAAAAAGACGCGCCUCAAAUGGUGGUGUUGACAACCAGAAAGACAUCACCCAGUUUUACCCCAUUACUGGUGUCAUGAGGGUCAGCCCCCAGAAGGCAGUCACCCAGGACAGGCGUGAGGAAGGGGCAGGGGCCAAGGCAACGCCGACCCCUGUGGAGGUCAAGCAGGAGGUGAACGUGGAGGAGGACUCGACCCCUGUCAAGCUCAAGAAGGCAAUCGAGCAAGAAGUGGUGGACGAGGAUAUUGACUACAUGGAGGGCAUCACCGAGGACAUGUUUGGAGAUGAUGACGAUUUUGAGCGCGAGGGUCUCACCCCCUCCAAGACGAACUCUCUAAGUUUGAACCGAGGGGCUGGAUGUAGCAGUUGGGAGCAUCAGCCGUUUCUUACAUCCCCCUCCCUAGCCACUACAGGCCACCGCUCAGCCUCCCGGAGGCUCCAACUGACGGCUGAGCAGGACGAGACCUCCGAGGGGGACCCUGCUGAGCCGCUGCCGGACUCCUGUUUCGGGCUGCUAGGGGUGCGGGAGGGCCUUCAGGUGCCCCAGGGGCAACUCCAGCACCUGCCCGAGGAGGUGCUGAGGCAGGUCUUCGGCCUGCUGCCAGCUGUCGACCUCUACGGCAGCAUCCAGUGCGUCUGCAGGUCGUGGAGGGACAUCGUCGCCGACCCAAAGUUUGUUCCAUGGAAGAAGCUGUACUUCCGCUAUCAGCGGCGGGAGCCGGCGGCAGUCAAGGAGCUGAACGCCAUCUUGAGUGAAAACCACCUCUUCAAAGACGAGCUCAGCCUCGUUAACAUGUUCAGGUACAUGACUGGCUACAAGCACAGCACACGCGUGAACCUGGAGUGUGUGUUGCGGAGCGUAAGCACACACCGUCUCUACCCACAAGCGCUCGCCUGCAUCACACACCUCAAGAAAGCUCAGCCGCCCUCCAAACUGGAGUGUGUCAUGAGUGCGAUCCCAAGCAUCACUGGUGGGGCGAGUCCGUGGUGUGUGAUGGCUGUGAUGCUGCUGCUGGCAGACGGCGUUGGGGACGUCUUGCAGCUGGUGCGUCUGCUGCAGCGCACCGACUGCCUGCUGACACCAGAGGGCGCCAGUGAGUACCUGUGGGCCGUUGCCACCCUGCUGAUCGCCAUGAAGGACAAGGGGGAGUACACCUGUGGCAGAUUGCACUAUAAUAUCUACUACGUGCUGCAGAUGUUGGAGAACAUUCCAAUCCCUCUGAACUCCAAGAACUCACCAGGGGUAUCGAAUAUGCGGGUGACCCACGAGCAGCAGCUUAUCAUCAACCAUGACAUCCAGUCCAACCAUGUGGUCAAAAUCAUGGCCUUCGCAGGCACUGGAAAGACAACUACUCUUGUGGAGUAUGCUCGCUCGCGGCCUCACCUGCAGUUCCUCUACGUGGCCUUCAACAAGUCUGUGCAGACGCAUGCUCAGCGCUGCUUCCCCCCCAACGUCCACUGCAAGACCAUCCACUCCAUGGCCUUCAGGGCAGUGGGAACAAGGUACCAGCAGCUGAAUAAGCUCUCUGGUGCCAUCAGGCCGUUCUCAGUGGCCUGGGUCCUGCCCAAGGGCUGGGGCGGCUUCGUCUACGCUAAGGUGGUGAGCCAGACCAUCAACAAGUUUUGCGCCUCGCGGGACGAGCGUGUCAUGAGCCACCACGUGCCCUCCGAGUACAAGAACCAGCGCGGCCUCGUGGAGCGCCCUGACGCCCAGAAGAGAGAAAAGUUUGUGAGCUUGGCGCAGGACAUCUGGACGAAGAUGACCGAACUGAGACCCACCAGAGAGAUGGCACAUCACAUAACCCAUGACGGUUACUUGAAGCUGUGGCAGCUGCAGAAGCCUGUUCUGGAUGGGUACGAUGUCAUUUUCAUUGACGAGGCCCAAGACUGUACUCCAGCCAUCAUGGACAUUGUUCUGUCCCAGUCGUGUGGGAAGAUGUUAGUGGGUGACCCUCACCAGCAGAUCUACACGUUCAGAGGAGCCGUCAACGCUCUCCACACGGUCCCACACACACACGUCUACUACCUCACACAGAGUUUCAGGUUUGGACCUGAGAUUGCUUUUGUCGGAGCCUCCAUACUUAGCGUGUGCAAAGGAGUGAAGAAGACCCUGGUGGGAACACUUGAGAAAGGGAAUGUGUGUGGCACUGGUGAGGCCGAGGGUAAAGUGGCCAUCCUUUCCCGCUGUAAUGAGUCCGUCUUCAGUGAAGCCGUGAAGCUCAUGGAUGCCAACCCACUGUGCAAGAUCCACUUCAUAGGGGGGGUUGAUAACUUUGGUCUCAAGAAGAUUCUGGAUAUCUGGGUGCUGAUGCAGCCAACUGAGAAGCGCAAGAAAGAGAAUCUGUUCAUCCAGGAUGCGUUUAUCCGCGGCUUCUCCAAGGAGCACCUGGGGGGUUACGGGGGGCUGAGGCGCUACGCCACACACACCGAGGACCGCGAGCUGGAGGGCAAGCUCAACGUGGUGGAGCGCUACCACACCCGCAUGCCCGACCUCAUCAAGCGCAUCUACAGCUGCUCAGAGAGCACGCCCGACCACGCAGAUUAUAUUGUGGGGACCGUACACAAGGCCAAAGGACUGGAGUUUGAGUCUGUGAUGGUGACUGACGACUUCGCAAAGAUACAGAACGCAAGACCCGAACCUAGGAUGUUCCUAGGAGCUGGCUGUGAUGAGUGGAACCUGAUGUAUGUGGCAGUAACUCGGGCCAAGAAGAACUUGACCAUCUCCCCUACCAUCUGCAACAUCCUCACCAUGGUUGGGGAGUGCUUCCUGAGGUCAGAGUUGACCAGUGUGCUUCAGCAGCAAAGUCCCUCCCUCUCAUGCUGCAUCAGAAACUGCCCAAACCUGCUCAACCCACAGUGUCCCCUCGCCAUGCGAAAACUGCCUGUCAAAUACCUGAGCUACGCGGUCAUGCAGGGGCCGGUGUGUGUCCAGUGUGUGCAGAAGCGCUUGGGCCCCAUGGCCUUUCUGCUGGAGCAUCAGGAACGUCUGUGGCAGCUGGAGAGCAGCGCAGCUGAGGAGGAGCAGCAGCUAGUGCCCGUUAACGUGGACAUGCUAGUGGCCCUCCUCUAGACACACUCACACACACACACUCACACACGCUGUUAUACACUCACACACACACACACAGAAAUACAUACACACACACACACACACACACACACACACACACACACACAGAAAUACACACACACACAU